UUUGAGUUCUAACACCCUACUAAUUUAGUCCGGUUUAGAAAACACGCUCGAAUUUCCUUCCCUCCGUCGAGCAGCGCUGAUCCUGGCCUGGGCAUUGUUGCUGUCGUUCGGCCAUCGCCCUUUUAUACUCUGAAAAUUGGUGGGAAAUGCAAACCCUAACCCCAAUACGACCUCGUUUUGCAAGGCCCUUGAGCCUCAAUCCUCUGUUGUCGCUCUCUCUCAGACCCUCGACCGCUCGAGCAUUCUCCUCUUCUUCUUCCUCUUCAGAUUUCUCCAACCAGUCCCGUGGCGGCCUCCCUCGCUUCUUCUCCGAGCUUAUCCCUGCUUCCAAGGGAGGCGUAGUCCGCGUACAAGGCGACGAGUUCUGGCACAUGACUAAAGUUUUGAGGUUGUGCGCCAAUGAUAGGGUAGAGCUUUUCAAUGGGAAAGGAAAUUUGAUACAAGGGUUAAUACAGAGCGUCGACCGCUCUGGGCUUGAUUUUGUGGCAUUGGAAGAUCCAAAGUUAGUUCUUCCACAGAACACACAGUGGCAUGUGUUUGCGGGUUUUGGUACUUUGAAGGGUGGUCGAGCUGACUGGCUUGUUGAGAAAUGCACGGAGCUGGGGGCUAGUAGUUUAACCCCUCUGCUGACAGAGCGGUCUCCUACUAUCUCAGAAAAUCGGGUGGACAGGUUGCAGCGUGUCAACAUGGCAGCAGCUAAACAAUGCCAACGGCUACAUGAAAUGAUUAUGAAUCCUCCAGUGAAAGUUAAUGGUCUUUUAGCUCUUGUUGCACAGUCAAAGCUAGCUUUUUUGGCAACUGCAGAAGCUACUCCUCUUGUUAGUGCAUUAACUUCAUCAGGAUGGGAGUCCAGUGGGCUGAUUGUUGUUGGACCAGAAGGUGACUUCACUGAGAAAGAGGUGAGUGACUUGAUGGAAGCUGGUGCUAUCUCAGUUGGUCUUGGCCCACAUCGACUACGGGUUGAAACUGCAACAGUGGCUCUUCUGGCAACUCUCAUGUUAUGGUCUGAUUCUCAAAAAGCAUGUCAUUCUUGAUCUUUCUUAAGAUGAUUCAGAAUGUCAACUUCUGAAAUGAAAACAUAGAAGCGAAGGUAAGGCAGUGAUUGGUUGAGAGGAGUAGAAUUUGUAGUCCAAGUUGUAACAGCAUUUUCUCAUUAGGAUUUUGUAAGGGAGGUGCCGUACAGGUUGAUGCAUUUGAUAUCAUGAUACCAACAGCUUCUAAAUAUAUUAAUUUUGUUUGAAAA